AUGGCGACCCCUGUCGAUGCCAAGCUGCUGAAACGGACGAAGUUCCCCCCCGAGUUCAAUCAGAAGGUGGACAUGACCAAGGUAAACAUCGAGGUGAUGAAGAAAUGGAUUGCCAAUCGGAUAUCCGAGAUUCUGGGAAAUGAAGACGAUGUUGUCAUCGAACUCUGCUUCAACCUCCUCGAGGGAACGCGAUUUCCCGACAUCAAAUCCCUCCAAAUCCAGCUCACUGGGUUCCUAGAUAAGGAUACAUCCAAAUUCUGCAAAGAGCUGUGGGGUUUGUGUCUCAGUGGUCAAUCAAAUCCACAGGGAGUUCCAAAAGAGCUUCUAGAAGCUAAGAAGCUUGAGCUCAUACAAGAGAAGAUCGAAGCCGAGAAAGCUGCCGAAGCUGCGCGACGAGAGAGCGCACAGACCGAGGAAGAGGGGGACGGGGCGGUGGUCGUGGUGGCCGAGACUACGACAGGCAAGGCCCUCGAGACUCCCGACCCUCGCCGCCCAGGUAUCGGAGCCGUGACAGAUACCGUGAAGCUCCACCCCGGCGGGACUUCGAUUCUUAUGUCCCAUCCGACUUUCGCAGAGGUCGCCGGCCCUCCCAAUCCCCUGCCCACUCACGCUCUCCUUCGCGGUCCCUCUCUCGAUCGCCUCCGCCUCGUGGACAAGGCCGUGAAGGUCGGGAUAGACUUCAUGACCGCCGUCGCCGGUCCUACAGCAGAUCAAUGUCCCCCCGUCGACGGGAUCGUAGAGAGCCAAGGAGACGCAGUCCGGACUACGGUGAUCGAGCUAGAUCCAAUUCCCGCAGUGAUUCAUCACACUCACGUACUCCCAGAAGAGACCGAAACAGACGGCGAUCUGUCUCCCGUAGCGUGA